AGCUAUAAGUUUUGUGACUAAAAAUGAAAUUAUCCCAUUUCUUCUUCCGUGUAUUUAUAAAUAGAAGCAACAUAUUCAUAACGCAUUCAUAUCAAAUCUAGAUAGCGGUGGAAGUUCUGGAGAAGAAAGAACGAGAGAGAAAGAUGGAAGUGAUGCAAGUUCUUCAUAUGAACAAAGGAGAAGGGGAAACCAGCUAUGCCAAGAAUUCAAUUGUGCAGAGGAAGAUAAUAUCAGUUGCAACUUCAAUAAUCGAGAAAGCAGUGGAAGAGUGUCUGGAAAAGAAUUUCCUAGACAGUAUGGGAAUUGCUGAUUUGGGAUGUUCAUCUGGACCUAACAGUCUAAUGGUAAUUUCUGAUAUAAUAGAUACAGUAUACGCCACAAGUAACCGAAAGGGUAUUCCAUUGCCCGAGUUAAGGGUUUCAUUGAACGAUCUUCCGGGCAAUGAUUUCAAUAACAUAUUCAUCUCUUUGCCGGAAUUCUACAGUCAACUCAAAAUGGAGAAGAACAUUGGGCCAGAAGGGUGCUUUAUUUCAGGUGUGCCUGGCUCUUUUUAUGGAAGGUUGUUUCCUAAAAAGAGUCUACAUUUCAUUCACUCUUCUUCGAGUCUCCAUUGGCUUUCUCAGGUUCCACGACUUUUGGAUUCAAAUAUCCUCAAGCCUUUGAACAAAGGAAAUAUCUAUAUAUCAAAAACAAGUCCAGGAAGCGUAAUCGAUGCAUAUUUAUCACAGUUUAAAAGAGAUUUCUCAGUAUUUCUGAAAUCACGAUCAGAAGAAAUGGUUGUUGAUGGACACAUGGUGUUGUCAUUCAUGGGCAGAGUCUCUGCCGAUCCAUCAUCAGAAGAGAGUUGCAUGCAGUGGGAACUCCUAGCACAAGCUCUCAUGAGUAUGGCCUUAGAGGGUCUCAUUGAAGAAGAGAAGAUUGAUUCUUUCAAUGCACCCUAUUAUGCUCCAUCUGCUCAGGAAGUGAGAUCUGUAGUAGAAGAAGAAGGUUCGUUCACAAUUAAUUGUCUUGAGGCCUUCGAGAUUGAAUGGGAUGGGGGUGCUCCAAGCAAUAAUAAUUUCCAAAAACACAUUGAUAAAAUCGAAAAAGAUAAUUUUUCAAGGGGACAGCAAGUGGCUAAAACAAUUAGGGCUGUGGUUGAAUCAAUGCUGGAAGUCCAUUUUGGAAGAAAAAUCAUAGAUGAAUUGUUUAAAAGAUAUGCUCAGGUGGUUGGUGAUUACUUUUCCAGAACUAGUGCAAAAAACAUUGACUUGGUAAUUUCUUUGACCAAAAAGGGUUAAUUGAAGUAAUCACUGAGGAAAUUAUGCAUAAUGUUUACUUGUUUUACUGAAUAAUGUUUUUUAUUUAUCCGUUAUGAGUGACAUGAACAUGUUCUUCGGUAUCCUCAUGGAUACUCGUAUGAUUCGAAAAGUUCCUAUUUUUAAUUGAAUACUUUCUCUAAUCUAGAAUGUUGAUGUAAUAUUUAUGACAAUAAUUAGUUUGCAACUUUCCCCAAAGAAUGAUAAUCUUGAUUUUCUAAUUUUUA